AUGACGAUGGGCAAAGCUACUAAAUGAAAAUUGUUAGAGCAAAACAAUGGAGCAAUUGAUGGUGGAGCUGCUGACUAACAACAGAUGCAAGCUAUGUGUGCUCGGGGAAGAGAAAAUAAAACUCAAAGACGUGGAUAAGCCCACCCAAAUGAGACAAUGAAAUGACAAACCAUGAGGAAAGGAGGUGGCAGCUGAUGGCUAUGAUGACUACGAUUGAUAGGGACGACAAUGACUCUGACAGCAGGCAGCAACGAUUGCAUCCAGUGCUGGAGGCGGUGGAAGUGGACAUGAGCCUGCACAUGCUGGAUUUGUUGGGGAAGGAAUGCUGACGGCAGCUAUUUGUGGGGAUGUUUUUGCCUCUCCACCAGUUGAUUCGAUUUUGGCUGGAAUUCGAGCUGUAACUGGACCUAUGGGAUGUCUUCUCAUCGUGAAGAAUUAUACUGGUGACCGUUUAAAUUUUGGUUUGGCUGCGGAGCAAGCAAAAUCAGAGGGAUAUAAAGUAGAGACUGUUAUUGUUGGGGAUGAUUGUGCUUUGCCUCCACCUCGAGGUAUAGCUGGCCGUAGAGGUUUGGCUGGGACUGUACUUGUUCACAAGGUUGCUGGAGCUGCUGCUGCUGCAGGGCUCUCUCUUUUAGAUGUUGCCACAGAAGCAAAACAUGCGGCUGACAUGAUUGGAACGAUGGGAGUCGCAUUGUCAGUUUGCACACUGCCUGGCCAGGUCACAUCAGAUCGCUUGGGCCCAGGGAAAAUGGAACUUGGUCUUGGAAUUCAUGGUGAACCCGGUGCUGCUGUGGCUGACCUUCAGCCAGUUGACGUGAUAGUAUCUCAUGUUCUCAAACAAAUAUUAUCACCGGAAACUAACUAUGUUCCAAUAACACGAGGUAAUAGGGUGGUGCUCAUGGUUAACGGACUGGGUGCUACCCCAAUGAUGGAAUUAAUGAUAGCAACUGGGAAAGCAGUUCCUAAGUUGCAGCUAGAGCAUGGGUUGGCUGUUGACAGAAUGUACACUGGUUCAUUUAUGACUUCUCUUGAUAUGGCAGGUUUUUCAAUUACCAUCAUGAAAUCAGAUCAAGCUGUUUUGCAACGGUUGGAUGCUGCAACCAAGGCUCCUUGUUGGCCCAUUGGUGCUGAUGGCAAUCACCCACCUGCCAAAAUACCUGUUCCAAUACCACCACCAGCUCUUGCUACAAAGAACGGGGAGACAUUUGGUGGACCCCUUCAACUAAAUCAACAAGGCCUCAUCCUAGAGGCUGCAAUUGAGGCAGCUGCCAAAGCAGUGAUCAAUCUCAAGGACGCAUUAAAUGAAUGGGAUAGCAAAGUGGGUGAUGGUGAUUGUGGGUCAACGAUGUUCAGGGGUGCAACAGCUGUUCUUGAGGACAUAAAAUGCUAUCCACUGAACGAUGCUGCUGAGACAGUGAAUGAAAUUGGAUCAUCCAUUAGAAGGGUUAUGGGAGGAACUAGUGGGAUCAUAUAUACAAUAUUUUGCAAGGCAGCAUAUACAAAAUUGAAAUCAAGCAGCCUAGAUGACAUCACCCCUCAAAAAUGGGCUGAGGCAUUAGAAGCUUCCAUUGCUGCAAUUAGCAAGUAUGGUGGGGCUACUGCUGGUUAUCGAACAUUACUUGAUGCCCUCAUUCCAGCGUCUGAAGUUCUUAGGAAGAGGUUAGAUGCUGGUGAAAAUCCAACCACCGCUUUUAUUCAAUCAUCUGAAGCAGCAUCGGCUGGGGCUGAAGCAACAAAGAACAUGCAGGCUCUGGCUGGCCGUUCGUCCUAUGUAUUUGGAGAACUCCUCGCAGCAGUUCCAGAUCCAGGUGCAAUGGGCGCUGCAGCAUGGUACAAAGCUGCGGCUAUGGCUGUCAGGGACAAGAGCCUGCACACUUGACCGUUAUUAUUUCUUUAGUUUUUAACCAUAUUUUGAUACUUAUGACAUGCAUUUCUUAAAACUUGUUAUUGAAUUUUAAAAAAUAAUCUAACUUUUGCAUAAUGCCGAAAAGCAAAUUCAUGUGGGGAGAGAUUAUCAUAAAUCAUGUACUUGAACAUGUGGAAUGGAUUUGAACUUUUGUGGAGUCCCUUCUCCAAAGGGCAUUAUUGUUAUCUACUUAUAUAAUUAUAAGUGGUGUGGAUACAACAACCCCAGGCUUAAAACUUAA